UUACUCUCUACCGGCAGCGUCCUCGAGGCGGCCCGCGGCUCGUCACUGCAACUCCCAUUGUCACUCCAACAUCGUGAUUGAAUUUAGCUGGCCGAAUGUACGGCAGCGAGUGCACGAGCACGAUUCCGAGUUCCUGCGCUUUCUAGGAUUAAGGAUGUCGAAGCGGCUGAGUUUCUACUGUCUGAUAGCUCUGGCGUCUGUCUGCAUCUUCUUCCUAGCGUUUAACCAGCGCUACAGCAGCUACCUUGAGCAUCGACUGCAGCCGAUGAUAUCGGAUGUUGAGAUAAGGCCGCGGACCACCAAAAUCCAAGAACCGGUAACGGUAAGCCAGGCGUAUAUUACAGGAUCCACGGACAAUGCCACGAUCACCGAAAUUCAAGAGGUAGUUGAUCAACAAAGGAGGGCGAUUAAAAGAGAAAUGGAAAAUUAUGAAUAUCCAAAUGGAAAAUAUGGGAUAAAUGUGAGUAAACUUGAAGAUUUAGUGAUGGAGAAGGGUGGUAGACCUAUGAGAAGCAUAAUUUUGACGAGUUGGAGAAGUGGCAGCACGUUCCUCGGUGAUGUGGUAAACGCGCAUCCGGCCAAUUUUUAUCAUUACGAACCGUUACUUGACUAUGGAAUUGUACAAAUCCGAGGGUCGCCACUCGCCGAAGAAUCCUUGACAAGGAUACUCUCUUUGUUGAAUUGUGAAUACAAGGAACUCGAUCGGUACCUGGAUUAUGGGAAGACUCAUCAUUGGGUAUUUAAUCAUAAUACGCAUUUAUGGCGGCAAUGCCAAGCACAUAAACGCAUUUGCUGGGAUCCGCGUUUCGUUUCCAAGUUUUGCCGACUCUUUCCGUUCCAAUCGAUGAAGCUUGUACGGUUGAGAUUGCACGCGGCAGAGAGUCUUUUGGCCGAAGAAGAUCUAGGUGUACGACUAGUUCUACUCAUUCGUGAUCCGAGAGGCAUUCUGCAAUCCAGAAAGCAUAGGGAAUGGUGUCCUGCUAAACCCGAUUGCUCCGAUCCAGCUCUGGUCUGCGGAGACAUGGUAUCGGACUUCAACACGGCAGUAGAACUGUCGAAAAAAUAUCCCCGUUCUUUCAGAGUAGUGCGUUACGAAGAUUUGUCUGUGGAUCCUUAUAAGCACGUACAGGAGCUUUACAAUUUUUACGGUUUGAACUUUCACGUAAACGUGAAGAAAUUCCUGGAUACGCACACGAAGAAUGAUGUGGGCGGUGUGUCAAGCACUUUCCGGAAUUCCAAGGUCGCGCCAUUUCACUGGAGGACCGACUUGGACUUCGAAGAGGUCCGUGAAAUACAGAAGGUAUGCGCGACCGCUAUGCAAUUGUGGGGAUACGUGAUGGCCUUAAAUUCCACUCACCAAAAAGACUUCGAUCCUAUCACAAAUUACCGACUCCAGUUGUGACAGCUGGCAAACGACAUGCUCAAUGUAGAUAUGAUGUAUAAUAUAUCGGUAUAACGAACGGCAGCGGUCAAAAGUGCCGUAGUUCAUAUAAAUAUUCUGCAAAAGGUGCUAGUGGUCCCUCAGGAAGAUAGCCAUGUAAUGGAAAUGAAUGUUGAUUCAUUCGACAGAAAAAUUUCGGAAUUUUUAGCUUUGGAACGCUAAAGUUUAUCGACAAGAAGUUUCUAUUUCUUUGAAAGGACAGAAACAAGAUAUGUUCGUAAUUUUAUAUCGUAUGAUUAACGAUCUAAACCACAGGGUGUUAGAAUAAAAAUCCUGAGAGCUUGACAUGCGACACAAAUUAUGUCUAACCAUAUCGACGCAAAUGCAAGUGCACUCAAAACAUCUAAAUAUUAUGAAUCUUUCAAGAGAGAG